CAGAUUUUACAGUAUCUCCUGUCACCCAGGCUGGUGUCUUCUGGUGCAGUAGCUCCGAGAUGAAGCCACCCUGGAAAAUCCUUAUGGCCACUCCUCUGUUCUUUCUCCUGACCCUUCACACCUUGGCCUCUCCAGCCUAUGACCACCAGCCCAGCACCAGACGCUCCAAAGUCUGUAUAGGGUGUGUGCUGGUGGUGUCUGUGAUUGAACAGCUUGCUCAAGUUCACAACUCAACGGUCCAGACCUCAAUGGAGAGACUGUGCAGCUACUUGCCUGAAAAACUGUUCUUGAAGACCACCUGCUAUUUAGUGGUAGGCAUAUUUGGACCAGACAUCAUAAAACUGCUCAGAGCGGAUGUAAAUGCUGAUGUGGUGUGUCACACCCUGGAGUUUUGUAAACAGGACCCUGGCCAACCCUUGUGUCACCUCUAUCCCCUUCCCAAGGAGACGUGGAAAUUGACACUAGAGAAGGCAAGACAGAUUGUCAAGAAAUCCCCAACUCUGACAUAUUCCAGAAGUGGUUCUGAUAUUUGUUCACUCCCAUUUUUGGCCAAGAUCUGUCAGAAGAUUAAAUUGGCUAUACAAAGUUCUUUACCAUUCAAAGAUGCAGAUUCAGACAAAUACAGUGUUUUCCCAACACUGCGGGGCUCUCACUGGCGAGGGAGAGACUGUAACGACAGCAACAAGAUGGCAUACCCAGGCAGAAGGCCAGACAACUGGGAUACACAUCAGGAUUCAAACUGUAAUGGCAUUUGGGGUGUUGAUCCAAAAGAUGGAAUUCCAUACGAGAAGAAAUUCUGUGAAGGUUCACAGCCCAGGGGAAUCAUUUUGCUGGGAGACUCAGCUGGGGCUCAUUUUCACAUCCCCCCCGAAUGGAUCACAGCUUCACAGAUGUCUUUGAAAUCCUUCUUCAAUUUACCAACAGCUCUUACCAAUGAGCUCGACUGGCCCCAACUCUCUGGCACUACUGGAUUUCUGGACUCCACUAGCGGGUAUGUAGUUAACUCUAUUUACCUUCGUUUACGGAAAAGAAACCACUGCAAUCACAGGGACUACCAGAACAUUUCAAGAAAUGGUGCAUCUUCCCAAAGCCUGGAGAGAUUUAUAGAAAGUUUGUCUAGGAACCAGCUGUUGGACCAACCAGCCAUUGUCAUAUACGCCAUGAUUGGAAAUGAUGUCUGCAACGGGAAGAGUGAUCCCGUCCCAGGAAUGACCACUCCUGAAAAAUUGUACUCAAAGGUCAUGCAGACUCUGCAGUAUCUAGAUUCUCACCUGCCAAAUGGCAGCAAUGUUAUUUUAUACGGCUUACCAGAUGGAACCUUUCUCUGGGAUAAUUUGCACAGCAGAUAUCAUCCUCUCGGCCAGCUGAACAAGGACGUGACCUACGCGCAUCUCUACUCCUUCCUGAGCUGUCUCCAGGUCAGCCCCUGCCACGGCUGGAUGUCUUCCAAUAAAACGCUCCGGACUCUCACUUCAGAGAGAGCAGAACAACUCUCCAAUAUGCUGAAAAAAAUUGCAACCAGCCAGAAAUUUACGAACUUCAAUCUUUUCUACAUGGAUUUUGACUUCCAAGAAAUCACGGAGGAGUGGCAGAAGAGCGGAGGGCAGCCCUGGCAGCUCAUUGAACCCGUGGAUGGAUUCCACCCUAGUGAGGUGGCUUUACAGCUGUUGGCAGAUCGCUUCUGGAAGAAGGUGCAGCUCCAGUGGCCCCAGGUCCUGGGAAAGGAGAAUCCAUUCAACCUCCAGAUUGAGCAGGUGUUUGGAGACCAAGGGGGGCACUAAGUCCUCAGGGACACCUGCUCCUGGGGAGCUCAGGAAGGCAGAAACUUGGGUAAACUCAUUCAAGAAACGGUUAUGGGAGCAGCUGUGUCACAAGCUCACAGGCCCCUCUUCAGCAGGAUCUUUGCAAAGUGCUUUUCUCCCACUUAAAAGCCUAG